CUUUCUAUCACACGUUCUCCCUCAUCAUGGGCCGCAACUCGAACUCCAGAAAGCGCAAGUAUAGCAAGAAAAUGCAGAAGACAAAGAAGGCGUCCGGCAGGAACGAAGGCGCCGAGCACGCCGCGAGAAAUAGUUGUGAAAGCGUUACGCCAGCAUCUGUAGAUCGCACAAUAGAGGGAUCCCCCACCAAGCAAUAUCAAGAGAUUGAACAGGAUUUUGCUGAGCAGACACAACCUGACACGCGUCUUGCCGUGGCCCCUCAAUCACUACCUAUGACUGCGACAUACGGCGAUCACGAAUCGGCCACACCAAUCAACAUACUACCUGCUGAACUGCUCUCCGAUAUUUUCCUCGAGUUACGCGCGUCCAUCGUCGCCGACGGAGAGCCCUUCCCCGAUCCAAUCCCCAAGCUAGACAAAACGAUCACCCGUGUCUGCAAGACCUGGCGCAACAUUGCCUACGGUACCCCCACUCUAUGGACCAACCUAACGUCCCAGGAUUCCAAGCUAAUCGACUUGUAUCUCGAACGCUACCUGCCCCUCGCCAGUGGCUGCCUCCUCGAUCUGCUCACUCGCCGGUGCGCGGACAUCCUUCUGAUGUUUCUAGAGAAACUGCGUCCGUACGCGUCGCGAUGGCGUGCCCUUCGCCUCUUCUCCCUCGGCAAAGAGUUCGGCCAAAUCGAACCUCUGGCUACGCCGAACCUCGAGUAUAUCAACAUCAUGACGGCCGGAUACGAGGAGGCCGAUAGUCAUAUAUCGCUCGAGUUCCUGAAGGACGCGUCUCGUCUUCGUCGCCUGCGCUUGCAUGCGACGACCUCGCCCCCAUACUUGUCGCUCGUGCUCCCACCAACGUCGCGCCUCACGACGCUCGAGCUGCAGAUUACCUGCCUCGACAUCGCGUGCAUUCUUCCAACCCUCCAGCAGUGCCGCGAGACGCUGGAAGAGCUGGAAGUGACCAUCUACCGCCCUCGUCGCAGGCGCUCCCCAGGACAGCCUAUCGAGUUUCUGAACCUGAAGCGCAUCUCAUUCCGAUAUAGGCCAUGCGAUGUCCUGCGCUACAUCGCCGCGCCAAACCUGGAAGAGAUCUCAUUCGACUGCGAUCCCGAGGAAGCCAACCCGGCGCUGUUCGAGUUCCUCGUGCGCGUUCCAUCCGCCGCCGCGCAUCUCCGGCGCCUCGAGGUGCAGAAUCAAAGCGCGGAGUCGGUUGAGGACCUCAUGCAGUGCUUGGAGAUUACGAGCAACGUCGAGGAGCUUAGGCUAGGUCCCAUCGGAGCGGAAGCUGUCGGCGAAGUCCUCUGGGGGCUUACGUGCCGCGACGGUGUGGCGCCGCUGUUGCCCAAGCUGAUUUACAUCCAAUUCAGCGAGUAUCAAGCAAGGGAAACGACAAUGUACAACGGCUUCAAGAAGUCGAGGGCGGUGAGGAGGGUUGUGUGCGGGGUGGAGGUGGAGGCGCUGCGCCAUGCCUGAAGCUGCGUCGCUAUGCUUAUCAUAGUCGCUCUUUGUACAGGGGCACUCCUCCGCCUUUAGAAUUGACGUCCCACCUCAUCGCUUCUACCUAGAUAGGUAUCUGUUUGGAACAUUGUGCCCUGGCUAUCUACCAGGCGUCGAGCGCGCUGCCUUUUGCGUACUCAAGGCCUUCCCAAUUGGGUAGAUACCAAGCUACGCGAACUCGGGCUACAGAAAAUGUCCUUCCAGUACAACACGUCCGAAAUUAGCAU